CUUCGCCACCCCGCGGGCCACCACUACCUCGGGCUCCGGCGAAGCUACGACCCUGCACGCCUGGCCGUCGCUGCCUGGGCCUUGGACUCCUGGGCGGGCAGUGCCGGGAGGCCCUGCUUGGCCCUUCCCCAAGGACAUCCUCCAGGACCAAAAGAGGAAGAUUGUGUUGGGAUUCUCUGCAUGGUGUUUCAAAGGGUGGUGAAGAACUAAGGUAGACGAAUACAUGUUCACUUUCAGUGAACAAGAGCAUGUUCCCAAACUCAAUUUUGGGUCGCCCGCCCUUCACUCCAACCCAUCAACAACAUAAUAACUUCUUCGCUCUGUCACCAACUCUUUAUUCACACCAGCAGCUUAUAGAUGCGCAGUUCAACUUUCAGAAUGCAGACUUGUCUAGAGCUGUGUCAUUACAGCAGCUGACAUAUGGAAAUGUCAGUCCAAUACAGACCUCAACUUCCCCAUUAUUUCGAGGAAGGAAGAGAUUAAGCGAUGAAAAAAACCUUCCUCUUGACGGUAAACGGCAACGUUUCCAUUCACCCCACCAAGAGCCAACUGUAGUUAACCAGAUAGUGCCUUUAUCAGGUGAACGAAGAUACUCAAUGCCGCCAUUGUUUCAUACACACUAUGUACCAGAUAUAGUCAGAUGUGUUCCACCUUUUCGAGAAAUACCAUUUUUAGAACCUAGAGAAAUCACACUGCCUGAGGCCAAAGAUAAGUUGAGUCAGCAGAUACUGGAGUUAUUUGAAAUAUGUCAGCAGCAAAUAAGUGAUUUAAAGAAGAAAGAACUCUGUCGAACACAGCUACAGAGAGAAAUUCAGCUACUAUUUCCACAAAGCAGACUCUUUUUGGUUGGCUCUUCUUUAAAUGGAUUUGGUACUCGGAGUAGUGAUGGAGAUUUAUGCUUAGUUGUUAAGGAAGAACCAGUAAAUCAGAAGACUGAAGCACGGCAUAUACUCACCUUAGUCCAUAAACACUUCUGUACUAGACUUUCUGGCUACAUUGAGAGACCUCAGCUGAUUCGAGCAAAAGUGCCAAUUGUGAAGUUCAGGGAUAAAGUCAGUUGUAUGGAGUUCGACUUGAAUGUAAACAAUAUUGUUGGGAUAAGAAACACAUUCCUUCUCAGAACUUAUGCAUACCUUGAAAAUCGGGUUCGUCCAUUAGUGCUGGUGAUUAAGAAGUGGGCGAGUCACCACGAGAUAAAUGAUGCCAGUCGUGGUACUUUAAGCAGCUAUAGUCUUGUACUGAUGGUUUUGCACUAUUUACAAACCCUACCUGAACCCAUCCUUCCAUCCCUCCAAAAAAUUUACCCAGAAACUUUCAGUCCUGCUGUACAGCUGCACCUUGUACAUCAAGCACCAUGUAAUGUUCCUCCUUACCUCUCGAAAAAUGAAUCAGCUCUUGGGGACCUCUUACUGGGCUUUCUUAAAUAUUAUGCCACAGAAUUUGACUGGAACAGUCAAAUGAUUUCAGUUCGUGAAGCCAAAGCCAUUCCGAGGCCUGAUGGUAUUGAAUGGAGAAAUAAAUACAUCUGUGUAGAAGAACCUUUUGAUGGAACAAACACAGCAAGAGCUGUGCAUGAAAAGCAAAAGUUUGACAUUAUCAAGGAUCAAUUUUUAAAGUCAUGGCACAGAUUGAAAAACAAGAGAGAUUUGAACAGUAUACUACCUUUAAGAGCUGCUAUCCUGAAAAGAUAACUGGCCUCUAUUUCUUAAUAAAUUCUUCUGAGAAAUAAAGAACAGUAGUUAUAAUUCAUUUUGUUUAUUACCUCCAUCAUGGUUUCUUUUUAAUCGUUCUUGUUUUCAUGUUUUAUUUUUCAAAGGACAUACUUAUAUAAAGAUUACAUAUUUUAUUAUGACAUUUCCUAAUAAAAACCUUUUGAUUUAAAAAUGUAUUUUUGAAAAUGUUUACAUUGAUGGCUAGUAAUAUCGUGGCAGGAAUUUUCAGGAGAUCAGAUAAAAUAUAUUUUGCAAAAUUAACUGAACAAAUAAAAGUUUUUUUGAUACAGCUUCAAUUAAUUAUAUCACAUGAUAAUACUGAAAACGCAUGUGGAAUUUUGGAAACGGUCUGAUUCAUACAUGCUUAAAGUAUAACCUACAGUAAAUAGUUUGUUGUCUUAAGUCUAUUCUAGAAAAGUGAAGAUUCAAGUCAGUUAUUCAGUCACUUGAAGCAAAAUGCAAUCUUUUAUUUCAGUGGAGUCACUGCAGAGUCAUGAAAUACUGGAUAGUUGCCUUAAGUCUUCGCUUGACUCAUUGGGAUAGACUGGGGGUGUGUCUACGUUAGCAUUUCUUUAGUACUUCAGGUGCUUUUGAUGUACUCUUGAGAUUGCUUUAAAACUUUGUGUUGAAACAACAAUCCAUUUUGCACUGUAGUAAUAUGAGCACUAACUCUUACAACAGUUAGUGUAUUGUUUCCAAGAAUCAAUUUAGUGUACACAUUUGAAAAGAUUAUCUCCUGUGCUUUAUGAUAGCUUAGUGCAAGGUUCACUUUUGCUUUACUUCCUACUUUCCAACUUUCAUUUUCCUAGUAACAUAAAGCAACAGAAACUGAAAGAUCAAAGUUAAGAUUAUGUCCUAUUGUAGUAUCAGAUUGUUUUUCUGUGUACAAUUACAGGAUUGUAAUCUAAACUGGAAUUUUUAGGCAGUAAGCCACUACAAAAUGUUUUAGAUAAGACAUAAUAAAAAUACUAUAAAUAAAAGUUUAAUGUUUGUAAAAAUAUCUUUUUUAGUAUUUCUUUUCCACACAAAAGAAGUAGUGGUGGCU